AUGCUCUCCGUCCACCGUUACAAUCAACAGCCCUUUAUUUUAAUGCCGACGUCCUCGCGACCGUCCACGCCGCGUCGCCACCAACACGUCGUCGUCGAACGAGGUCGCUCAAGAAACGUAUCUCAAGCCGCACUCGCUCGCAGGAAAUCAGAGGAACGGCGCAAGCGUGCUGCUCUGGCAGAACAGAUGGCAAGUAAUGCUCGUCCGAUCUUUUCGCGCGCCACGUCGCCGCCGUCCUCGAGGUCGCGUGCCCAAUCAAUACAUAAGAGCGUGUCUGCGUCAGGCGAGGAAACGGGUCCUGUAGCUUCUACCAGCGCCAGUCGCUUACCUUCACCCCCAACGCCAACGCAAAGAGUCGAACGGUCUGAUUACAUGGCAGCCCCUGCCGCGAAGCCCUCUGACUCACGCUCGCAUCACCGUGUCAGCAGCGAACCUUAUACCAAUCCCGAUUCCGACGCUUCUUCACCUAUCGGCGAGGAUGAAGAUUCAUCCGCAUGCAUGGAGGAGAAGCUAAGCUUACAGGACCAAAUGCAACAAGCCUAUGCCGCUUGUCAGACUAGUUGUCUCCCCACUCUCGGACGAAAUAAUUGCCGAUGCCGGAACAUGCAUCGUGCACGCGUACUUUAUCUCAAGACGCAAGGCAUCGACGUAACAUCCGACGAUGACCCGCGUAUUGGACAAGUACGCGAUGAGGAUUUUGUUUUCGUACCGGGUGGCAAACUUGUAUUCGAUGAAGAGUCACUCGCAGCGCUGAAGGAGGAGCGUGAACGUCGAGAGAAGGAAAUUAGGGAGAGGCAGUGUCGUCAUCGCAGUCGUCACAAAGAUUGGAGAUUAGACCGAGACGAGACCGACUACCUCAGUCGAGUAAGGCAGGACUUUCACGACAGAGUUGGACCUAUUUCAGCGGCCCAGACCAAUAAUCAGAUAGAGUUUGAGCGGACCGCGCCCUCCCGGGUGACGGCUCGUGAAGUCGUUAGAAGCCUUCAUGGCAAUCUCUUUCCAGAUUGUGAGCCGAGGAGGACACGCUCUGCAGCGCAGAGCCGACUUCUGGAUACAUUACUGGAGGCCAUAGUAUGGCAAGAUGGAGAACGGAGACGAAUGAACGGCAAGGGUGGGAUUGAUGCUGCGCCCCGAGAUUGUACGAGGGAUCAGUUUUCUGACGAACCUGUAAUGGACAAAGGUGUAUCCCGUUCCGUCGGUUCAGAUUCAACCAUAUCCCGUACGAACUCGUGGGCGUCGUCAACAACGAACUCUUCUUCAUCUACAUGUAUCACGUCCCCAUCUUCCUCUCCGUCCUCGAGCAAAUUACAUCUUCUACCUCUCGUUGAAGGUCGGAACGCACGAUACCGAGUUUCACAUUCGUAUCACUCGCACAGGAAGAGCCACUUUACUGCUGUCGCGAUGACGGAAACGCCCCUCAUGAAAUUUGAGGGUGACUCAUUCCAAAGUGGCAAGGCAAAUUUCAGAACAUUGCGCGGCUCUAUACACGAGCGAAGUAACAACGACGUCAAGUCGGCAAUUGUCACACGCGUACGACAAUCCGUCUACGGACUCGUAGACUUUGCGAACAGGAUACAGCAGUCUUACUUGCGCACUGUCCAGUUUGCUGUUGUUCUGCAUCCAGACGCGGCUCCACUUCAGACUGAGAGCCAGACCUCCCUACAAUCGAACCGGAGCAACCUACCUUCCAAGCCAAGAGGUUAUCGUGCGAAUCCUCGAGAUGUACAACGCUUCGCUCCCCAUCCUGUUAGUGCGCCAACACGCGACCUUAAUUUCCCUUCUGAAGUCAACAUUCCUCUUGGCGAGUCCUCACCCUCCCGUUCUAAUACCGCUACAUCUGCUCGGGUUUUCGCACCGCUUGCAUUUGUCCCACCAUCACCAUUACGUCCCCGUGAGAUGCCUAUUACGCCGGAAUGGCGGCUACGACCAGUUGCAAACCCUUGCACGUUGCGGCUUAGGGCACAUGCGAAUUGUUUGAACGUAAAGGGCAUUGCUUGGGAGGGUCGAUCGCAUGUUGGAAGCCUGGGUUGUGGACGAGAACGUUUAACAGGUGUUGCAUUUGAAGGGCUUGGGGGAAGUCGGCUUGUCUUCGAAGCGAAAUGA